UUUGCCUUAUUGCGGCCUUGCAUGGCUGCGGGAGGAGAGCGUUUUGGGCUGGCAAUUUGUGUUUUUUCUGAAUAUUUAGGUGCUGAGCGAGCUAUACAAUAAGGAUUUACGAAAAGAAGGGUUAAAAAUGGCGCUGCAAUUUCUGAAGCUUCCCAUUCUUUAUCGUUAUCGUAGUAAUGGCAACGCUACUAGUUCCAGCUUCUUUUUAUUAUCCAGAUCUUAUCCUUCUAGUUUUACUGUAAGAUGGGUCAAACCGGAAAUGAACUGUUCCUUCAGAAGCUUUGCCGUUGCGGGGGCUGGAAAGUUUCAAGUACCUAAAAAGAAAAGGAGACUGGAUGAAAUAUGUCUUGAAAGAUUCCAGCAAUACAGCCGAACCUUAAUUCAGUCAUGGAUUUUACAAGGCAAAGUGUUUGUAGAUGGGAAGAUGGUGAACAAAGCUGGCACACCUGUCUCCAACAAAGCUGUUGUAGAGAUUAGCGCUGAAAUUCCAAAAUACGUAUGUAGAGCAGGAUAUAAGCUAGAAGCUGCCAUUGAACAGUUGGGUGUUGAUGUAACUGGCAAAGUAGCCCUUGAUUCAGGGCUGUCAACUGGAGGAUUUACUGACUGCUUGCUUCAGCAUGGUGCAUCAUUUGUCUAUGGAGUUGAUGUAGGUUAUGGACAGGUGGCAGACAAAAUUCGCCGAGACGAACGUGUUUGUGUGGUAGAAAGAACAAACUUAAGAUACCUCUCUGAACUCCCCCAAAAAGUUGAUUUAGUGACUCUAGACCUCUCAUUCAUCUCUAUUCUCCUGGUCAUGCCUGCUGUAGUUAAUGUUAUGAAAGAAGAUGCAACAUUGAUUACCUUGGUUAAACCUCAAUUUGAAGCUCGCAGAUCACAAGUAGGAAGGGGUGGAAUAGUCAGAGAUCCUCAUGUACACCAAGAGGUUCUUGAGAAGAUUCUAAAAGGUGUGGAGAACUUUGGAUUCUGCAGCAAAGGGUGGAUUGAGUCUCCUUUAAAGGGUGCUGAAGGUAACACAGAAUUUCUGGUUUAUUUUAGUCGAAUACCUGAGAAAAGUACAGAAUAGUAUAUUCAUAUGAAAGAAGCGAGACAGUCAUCAUCCUGGAUGCAAAAUCUUCACUCAGGCUGGCAUAUGCAGCCUGGCAUCCAAAAGAAGAAAGUUUGGCUUGCCACCAAUGUUUGUAAAUUUCUAUAAACUGUAAUAUGAUAUAGAGUUGAAAACACAACAAAUGAAAGACAAGCGAUAUUAGCCCUUCAGAUUCGAUGCAAUUAUUGACUUGCUUGCCUGCGCAUGCAAAUGGUAUGCCAAAUGCUGUCUAAUGAGUUUGAUAAAUUGCCUCCUUUUUGGAGACAAAAUCUAAAGCUCCAGUUUCACUUCUUAUGAAGCAAUAUAAUUCAAAGCUA